AUGUUCUCUACGAAUACAAAUGGACACGGCGGAAUCCCCGCUGUCAAUGGCAAUGGCAAGGAUGUCGAUCUUGGUAAACCAAAAGAUCCCUCGGUUCCACCUUCAUCUGGAAAAUGUCCACUGUUGGACAUGCCAGGCGAGAUCCUCAGUCAAAUAUCAUCCUAUCUCCCACUCCAGGAGAUAAUCCCUUUCCUAUCCCUCCACCCUCUCCUCCUCUCCCUCACUCAAACUCACUAUUCCCCCAUUCCACCUUCCGUCCGAUCAAUACUCUCCAUUCCACCUUAUCCAAGAGCACUAUCCGUCCUACCUCAUUUAAAUCACUUUCUCCCACCCGAUCCGAACGACGCGAAGAGACUGUUCAUUCAGAUACUUGUUCGAGCUAGACCGAAAUGGAUCCUAGAGAAUUUCGAAUUGCUACGAUGGGAUGAUGACUUCUGGAAAGAGGCUUUUGAAAGGAGGUUUCUGAGCAGUUGGAAGAGGUUAAAGGGUGAGGAAGAUAGUUGGAGAGCUGUUUUUAUAAGGAUUUUAGGUAGGAUCGAACAUCGGAAUUCUGGUUGUACACAUGAAGAAGCAUGGACUCGCUUCGUUACUUUACAUCGGAAUGGCUCGGCGAGUAUAAAUCGAAUGUAUUCCAGGACCUUUGACCCGUAUGAGAUCUAUGAUGAGCUGAAACAUCAGAACAACUUCUCCGCUCAUCCUACCACGGUCCGUGUGAUCCUCCAUCUCCAAGAUGUCCGAAUACUAGCGGUGGGAGUAUUGAUCGACCAGCCAUCGUUAUUUGUCAACCCCAAUGCCCAUCUAACUUUACAUCCACCUUUACUCCGUCAUCUCUCUUCACCUCCUGAUGAAGAAUCAGUAGGUCACUCCAAGUGGUAUCGCUCGAGUGACGAUAUCAAGGGCAAGAAAAGGAGAAUACAAUCUGAGGAAAUCACAGCCAAUGAAGCUUAUUUCCCAUUGGUACGAUCUCUAUCCCCUUCUACACCUCAAGAUACAACAUACGGUCUACCCGCCGCUGGACCCAUACCUAUUCCUCUCACUGUAGAUUCGACUGCCUCUCCGCCUAUUUCGCCAGCUAGUGGAUCAUUCGGUAGGAUACUAGGAUCAUACAUACCUGGUAGAAGACGAACAUCCAGUAAUGCAGCGAGCCAACCAACCUCAUCAGCUCAGGAUGGCUCAAGUCUGAGUUAUACGCAUGCUCAUACUCAAGCUCCAUUCGGUGCCAGUGCAAUGUCCAACUCAUUAGGUAAUCUCGGCGGGGUACUGACGGCGGUGAGAAGUAGGGAUAGUGAUGAUGGAACGGGUAGAAGGAGGACAUGGAGUUUUGGAAGGGCCAGAUCUGGCUCUACUGCUAGUAACUAUAAUAAUACCAAUAACGAAAGUGACCUACAACGUGUAUCAAGUAAUGUUGCUAGACCUGCCGCUGCGACGACUUCGGAACUACCGACGCUGGACGAGUCUUCUCCACAGCAGGAGAUUAAAGUACCUACUCCCAUUCUGGAAGUGGAGCAAUCUCCUACCACUCGUCUAGCUCAAGACCGACCAUAUGAUGUACUCGAAAAACCUCAACCUGCUUUAUCUCAUUCACGAUAUCCCAACUUCAGUACUGGUCCAGAAGAGCCGGAGUCAACCAAGGACCUGAGAGGUGGACAUCCAGAGGUAGAAGAUGAGUAUGAAGGUGGGCUUUGGGGUGGGGAUGUACCAUGGGGAGGAGAUGGAAAGAGAAUGGCGGAAUGGGAUGAGGAAUUGGGUAAGAGGAGAAGAUGGGUUGGACCUAUGCUAUUGAUAGCGCAACUUCAUCCAUCCCAUCGUCCCAUCCCUCAUCCACCAGGUGUAAACCCUUCUUUACCCCUGGAAGGAUCAAAUCCUGUACUGGGCCAGAACGGAAUGUACGCUUCGUUGGGCUUCGAAGAUCUCGAAACGCUCUUUCCUUGGAUCGAACUUAAGGGAAGUGGCGGGAAUAGUGGAGAGGCGAAGAGGAGUGGAUUGGGAUUCUAG